AACAGGAACAAGUAAGGUUUGAGAUUACAUGGAAAUAUAGGGCUAGGUUAGGAUUUAAGUGUACAUUUUAAAUAAGAAUUUUCGAGAUGAUUUUUAAACUGUGCACCAUCACAGUUUUUAUGGGCAUUUGUUUGCUCGUUUCAAAUGCAGGAAAGUCACCGAACAGCGCCAAAUCGGGUGAUCGAAAGUUCUGUACCCUGAAAUCAUUGGAAACUCAAAACACAGACGGUAGAUCAUCCGAACUUUUAAUAGACUGUACAGACAACGACACUGUCUGUCAGAGAUACUGUAGGAAGUAUGACAAGGAAUCAAGUGUUGCAUUAUACUGUACAACACACGACAGUGGAUGGAGUCCAGCGCCUAAGCCAACUCCAACUGAUGAAGUAACUCCUUCGAAACAGAAGAAGGCAUAUGACUGUCCAGUACAGGUCUGUCCGCGCAAGGAUUGUGAGACCCUCCGUGAAAUCUCGGGUGUGAGUGUCGGGGCGGCCGUGGGGAUCCUCGUACUCGGGCUGUUCGUUGGAGCCAUGGCGACCGCCGCUCUCUGCGUCUGCUGUCCCUCCGCCCAUGCGAAAGCAUCAGCCGUAAGGUCAGGCAAGAAGAAAACAUGCCGCGGGAAUCUGGAAGAUGAGGAAAUCUCGAAUGCUAAUGAGCAGAAAUCUCGACACUUGCCAGUGGCGCCGCUCCCUUCCCUACCUGCUGACAUUCGGUCUAGAGCCACAACAGCGCAAAAUGCCAACGGUGGUCGAGCUGACUCCCAACACAUAUACAGCGAGUCGAUGGAUUUACCAGUCGACGACCACUCCAACACCAAAUCGUCACUUGCUCCAGUGACGUCACCGAGAUACGGAUACAAGAAGUUCGUCAAUGACGUAACACCGGGCACGAGCUCUUCGACAGUUGCAGAAAGCGCCUACCAGCCACUGAACACCGACAGAGGACAUAGUGCGGAAUACAAUCAGAUCUCCGCUGUUAGGGAUGACGGCGAUUUACGGAGCCAGGAGCACAGCGAUCCCGGUGGAGCUCACCAUGAUUUUGUGCUUAAAAAGAAGGACGCUGAAAUGGACUGUACUGAAACGGGUCAUCCUGAUAAUGACACCAGUGUUCCACAUGACAGUUUUGUGCUGGAGAAAAAAUGAUGCGCCAAUAUUGCAAUGGUUCAAUUUGUGAAAUCUUGCAACAAUUAUUUAAUUAUCCAUUAAAUGUAUUCCCUUAUAGAAAAGAAGUGUUGAAUAAAUCGUUUGAAAUGAUGACCUUAAGGAGUUAACAACAAUGAUUAAAAGGACGA